AUGGCCUCCUUAAUGCUCAGUGGAGCUCAAAAUCCAAAGCUCAUCACUGGCUUAGGCUCAACUGGUCUUAACUUCAACAACAAGUGUUUCUUCAAGAAGGGUCUGCUGUCUCAUUACAAGUUCAGGGUCAGAAAAACCAUGACCCCCAGAUGCAGCAUCUCAGCCUCUAGGCCUGCUUCUCAGCCUAGGUUCAUCCAGCACAAGAAGGAGGCAUUUUGGUUCUACAGGUUUCUGUCUAUUGUGUAUGAUCAUAUCAUAAACCCGGGGCACUGGACUGAAGACAUGAGAGAUGAGGCACUGGAGCCUGCGCAUCUUUAUAGCCGUAACCUGAGAGUGGUUGAUGUUGGAGGUGGAACUGGCUUCACAACUCUUGGAAUAGUGAAGCAUGUGGAUGCCAAAAAUGUUACAAUUCUUGACCAAUCACCCCACCAGCUUGCCAAGGCUAAGCAGAAGGAGCCCCUGAAAGAAUGCAAGAUAAUCGAGGGGGAUGCAGAAGAUCUUCCAUUUCCUACUGAUUAUGCUGAUAGAUAUGUUUCUGCUGGAAGUAUUGAAUACUGGCCAGACCCGCAGCGUGGCAUUAAGGAAGCAUACAGAGUGCUGAGGAUAGGAGGAAAAGCUUGUGUUAUUGGUCCUGUUCACCCAACAUUUUGGUUGUCUCGAUUCUUUGCAGAUGUGUGGAUGCUCUUCCCCAAAGAGGAAGAGUACAUCGAAUGGUUUAAAAAGGCUGGUUUCAAAGAUGUUGAGCUCAAAAGGAUUGGUCCAAAAUGGUAUCGUGGGGUGCGCAGGCAUGGUCUCAUCAUGGGUUGCUCAGUCACAGGAGUGAAGCCUUUGUCUGGAGACUCUCCCCUCAAGCUUGGUCCCAAGGUAGAGGAUGUAAAGAAGCCUGUAAAUCCACUAGUGUUUCUUUACCGGUUUAUUCUUGGUGUGAUUGCAUCCACUUACUUCGUACUAGUGCCAAUCUACAUGUGGAUCAAAGACAAAAUUGUUCCACGGGGCAUUCCCAUUUAA